GACUGAUGAGCAAUUUAACCGCACGUAGCUGCAGCUUGGUCUUCCACAACUCCUCUGGACUUACUCUGAGCAGGACCAAAUACCUGUGACAUUAAGCCACCAUGGACGUGAAGUUACUCGCAGUCGUGGCUGCGCUCACACUGCUGGCACAUGUGCCCCUUUCGCAAGCCAAGCCUAUCAGUCUAGUGGAGAGAUGCUACUGCCGUUCAACGGUCAACAGCCUCCCUCGGGGAUACAUACGAGAGCUCCGCUUCAUACAUACGCCCAACUGCCCCUUCCAAGUCAUUGCCAAGCUGAAGACAAACAAGGAGGUGUGUGUGAACCCUGAAAUCCGAUGGCUGCAACAAUACCUGAAAAAUGCCAUCAACAAGAUGAAAAAGUCCAAACAAGGUAACUAAUGUUCCUGCUAAGAUCCACCUGAGCCAUCAUUGAGGAUAUGGAGCAUCAUCACAUACAUAUAUUGUUUACCGGUAUAUAAAUACAGUAUUUACUGUACAUGUUCUGUCGUCAUCAUAAAUGCGGUUAUGAAGCACUUAUCAGAGCUGUCCUGCAGCAUUCUUUUGCAUGGAAUCAUUGCAUCAUCAUCACCAUCACUGAUCAUUGUCACUGCCGCUUAGGUUAUAGAUAUGUUAUUUGUGCAAAGUGCAAUUAUAUCUGUCUUUGUUCUCCUAACUAUAAUGUACAGUGUAUACUUUUUUGUUAUCGGACUUCAGCCGUUGUGCUCCAAAACGUAACCAUGGGCGGUUUCACCAAAAUGUAGUCCAUAUUUCAGGUGAAUUGGCCCCAAGGAAUUUGUAUUUGUGCCACACAGACUGAGUACAUUGUACAGGAGUCUAGUAAAAGUUCCAAUGAUGAUGUUUUUGUGAUGGAAGGAAGGACUCGAGCAUUUCCUGAGCAACACUCUGUUUGCGAUAAUGUGACCCCCAACAUGGCUGCUUUAGUUUUUAACUCACUGAUAC